CUCUCUCUCUCUCUCUCUCUCUCGGUUUAACAGGAUUGUGUAGUGCGGGUAUCAUACUGAAUCGGUGAGCAGAUGCCUUCACCUGCCGGGAUGCUUAAUGGUGCCAUAGAGUGAGAGCGCGCGCGUAAAGAGAUCCAGCAUGGAGUCACUCAACUGUUCAGAGUGUACGGGGCCCAUCUCAGGGGAUUACAACUCCACCACCCAAUUAGGAUUUUCAGGAUUUUCAUCCUCAUUCGGGAAUAACACUAGCAAUGUGUCUAAUCAAAGCAUUCCGUUCCAAGGAAGCAGCACCAUGGUGACCGCCGUGAUAUCAUUUACCGUGUUUAUUGUUGGACUUACUGGCAACACGUUAGCAAUUUAUGUGGUUUUACGUUAUGCCAAGAUGAAAACCGUUACUAACAUUUACAUCUUGAACUUGGCCGUCGCUGAUGAGCUCUAUAUUUUGGGUCUACCCUUUCUUACGACUCAAAACGUACUCUCGUACUGGCCCUUCGGCUCCUUCCUGUGUCGCGCCGUCAUGACGGCAGAUUCGCUAAAUCAGUUCACAAGCAUCUUCUGUUUGACAGUCAUGAGCAUUGACCGCUAUUUAGCAGUUGUGCAUCCUAUUCGCUCCACUAAAUGGCGCCGACCAAGAGUAGCUAAAGUUGUUAGCGCUGCGGUGUGGGCGUUUUCGUUCAUUGUCGUUCUUCCUGUGGUGAUAUUUUCAGACGUCCAGGACACUUUCAAUUCGUGUAACAUGAUUUGGCCCGAGCCGCAAAAUGUUUGGUCCACGGCGUUUAUCCUCUACACCGCAACGCUUGGGUUUUUCGGCCCCCUGCUGGUCAUCUGCAUGUGUUACCUUCUCAUUGUGGUCAAGGUGAAAUCAUCCGGCGCUCGGGCCGGAUUCACAAAGCGCAGACGUUCGGAACGGAAGGUGACUCGUAUGGUGGUGGUGAUCGUGGUGGUAUUUGUUUUCUGCUGGCUGCCGUUCUACAUCAUCAACAUCGUAAACCUGGUCUUCAUCGUUCCGGAGAACAGCGUGAUGGCGGGGGUGUAUUUUUUCUCCGUGAUCCUGUCGUACGCCAACAGCUGCGCCAAUCCGCUUCUUUACGGGUUUUUGUCCGACAACUUCAAGCAGAGUUUCAGGAAGGUCCUGUGCUUUCGGAAAGCGAAUGGCGUGGAGGACGGUGACCCCAGUGUGCCGCGGACUGAGAAAACCACAACUCACGACACCACGUUCCUGGCACCACGGAACAAUGACUUUAAUGGACACGUACAGAGCAGCCAGGAAAUGCAGUUAGAGACUUGCAUGAGCUCAUCUGAGAAGCCACAGACUGCAAAACCACAGAUCAUUGGACAGUCCACUCUUUAAACUCACCUUCUCUCUCUCUCUCUCUCUCUGUCAUCUUUAUUUCUUCAACUUUUCUGUGGUCUGCUCUCUCUUGUUUUUUUCAAACUGUCAUCAUUGGAUUCCUGUGGAAGGUGUGGCCUGAGCCCCAAGCCACGUCCCAGAAUGUGCCAGUGACCACGCCCUCCCAAACAGCAGAGCCCAGCCUCCACCCGGUGUCCUCUGCAGCCACACCUAGUCCCAGCCAUGACCUGUGACCCUGCCGGGCCGCGAGAGCCGAUCUGAACAAUACCAGGAUACUCGGACACAAUGUGUGAAAUCCUAACAGCAAGUCAAACGAUGGAAAAACAGAGGAAAGAAGGAAAUAUAAACUGAGGAUGAAGACACAAGGGGAUUUAGAGAUUUAUAUUGCUGUCAUAACACACCUGCAAACCUUAUGAAAUAUCCAGAUCACAUUUCACUCAACAUAUCAGAAAGAAAAAACUGGGCAUUUCUUUCAGUAAUGCACAUUUUAUGAACAUUUCAGGAGCCCAGAAUAUUGAUAUCCAAUAUUGACCGAAUGCACUUGCAUUUAUUAUACGUUCAUUAAAUACUUUGGCUUCAAAUCUGCUUAAUCCCGGCCUCCUGCCAGUCAAGAAAAACGCCACUGCUAAACACCUUCACAAAGUCCAUGGAAGAAGAAUUGGAUGAAAAUGGCACUUUUUUACCCAAUUAAAGGAAGUUUACCAUACAUAUUAGGAUAUUGACAAGAAUUGUUAAACCUGUACCUUUAUUCAGAAGCGACAGUGAAGAGUGACUUUUUUAGAAGUGGAGAUUUUAGCAUGUACUUAGAGGAUUUUGCUGUGAAAUACCGUGAGAUUGGUUAAAUACCAGUGAAAUGACUAAAGUAACAUUAAUGAAAUAAUUCAAGUGAAAUUACUGAACCUAAACAUAAAAGCCUGAUAAAAAAGCUUAAUUACAAAAAAAUGCCAUAUGUAGUUAUAGCAUUUUGUAUCUGAACUCUUCAUUUAUUUCUAUUAGAUACCCAAUAGAGGACAUAUUUACAUAAACAUAUCUAUUUAGUGUUUUGAAAUGCAUACAUUCUUCUUGAACUCAGCUUUAAUCAAAGAGAACAACAGCAUAUUUUACCAUGAUGUGCUCUUAACAGUUUAAAUACUAAAUCAAUAUUUUAUGUAACAGUAGUGAGAAUGAGAAAAAGGUGAAGGACGUCAAUUAAAAGCUUUAUGGUAAAAUUCACAAUGGUUCUUAAAAUCUGCCUCAUUUCUCUUGAAUAUGACCUGGACAUACCUGUAACAAUUUCCCAGGACUGUACUGUUUACACGAUCGCCAUCAUCUCGCUCUUCUAUGUGCAACCUUCUGUGAUGUCAAGUGGAAAACAAAUGCGCAUGCAUGCACGCACAUACAUACACGCAAAGAACUGAACUGCCAGAUCUUACGGGACGAUAACUGAGAUCUCAUGGAGCAUUCAGAGAGAUUUCAGUCUCCUAGCAUCCUUUACGUACAAUCACACCCAAAAUAUGCCGUGCAUCACGUUUUUAGAAUUUCAAAUGUACCAUCCACUUCAGAUUUGCUGGGGUGAUAAGCAUUAGCUUUUCAGCAGGUCCUACAAGAAAAUAAGUCUAGUUUUAGACAAAAAAUAUCAAAUUUAAGUAAAUUUGUGCCUAAAACAAGCAAAAAUAUGCCAAUGGGGUAAGAAUUUGUUUAAGAAUUGUUUUGCUUGUUUUAACUCUUUCCCCGCCAGCAUCUUAAAAAAAGUUGCCAGCCAACGACAACAUUUUUCAUGAUUUUCACAAAAGUUUAAUGCCUUCCAGAAAAUGUUCUUCUUAAAAUAUAUAAACAUACAAUGGCUGCUUCUCAAUUCCAAAAACGCAAAGAACGGCAUUCUCGUGGAAAUCGGUCUUGCCAGGUGACCUUGGAAGAAUGAACUCAGAAGGUCGCAAGAGCACAGAGCGCACUUGUGAGAAUUGAGAUGUGUGCGAUCUUCCUGUUGGUCACCUGACCUCCGCCAUUGUUUUGCUGCAAUGACUUCUGGGGUGUAAAGUGAUUUCAGCGUGCAAGUUUGCACUCGAUGCGUCCUCGAUAUCAAGAACACAACCGAGUAUUUUCAUGCGUCCUCUGUACUUGUGUUCUUGAAAAUUGCAAUUGAACUUCGACGGUUAAUGAUGACAUAGAGCGAGAACACAAAGACGCAAUAUCGCUGAAGAACGUAUAUUUAGAAACAGCAAAAAGCUGAGAUAAUUCCAUUUUUGUGAAGGACUUUUGAUAAAGAUCAGAUGCGGAACGAUCCUUAAAACUUACAUGGACAUACAACUGUUUGCCCUAGGGCGAUACUUCCGAGUUUUAUAAGUUGCGAAAGAACGCCACCUAAUAGUGGUAUUGCGGAAAGCCGGAAAUACUCCUCAUUGGUAGGGAAGCGUUUUCUCUUGGCGGGGAAAGAGUGAAACAAAUUCACUUAAAUUUUAUGGGUUUUUUUUUGUCUAAAAGUGCCUAAAUUAUUUUCUUAGGUAAUGUUACUCAUCAAGAAAAUGCAUAAUUGAAAUGCUUAAUUUAAGAAUUUUUAGAUUUUUGUACUGAAAACAAGACAAAAAUACUUUUCAUCAAUGAUCUUAUAAUCAUACACCUGGAAAAAAUACUAGCUUUGUUUUGUGUCAUUUAUUAACUGCAAUAUUGGUUGUACAGUAGUAUGGCAAAAAGCUUCUUUGUUGCAUCACCUGCAAAGCAAACAGUAGCAUUGUCGUUUUUCCUUUGCGGUCAGAAGUUCAAGAUGUCCACAUUUGACUUUGAAUGGAGUUAUAAAAGAGACAUUUUGACCUAUGACAUACUGGUGUUGCUUUAUCCUUCUGUGAAUACUCACCUCUUCUUACUUGGGGACUUUCAUGUUAAACAAGAUUGUGGAACUAUGACAUUGCUUCUGAAUGGUCUGAGAUUUCUGCAUGGAAUCUUGAAAUUCUUGCCAGUGUGGUAAGGGUUUUCGUGUAUAAGGGUCAAGAAUGCAUUUUCUGAUCUGUAUUGAUGUGCCAAAUGUAGCAAAGUGCCUUUUCAUGUCUUGGAUGACGCUAUCAGCACACAAGACUGACCUAGAAUUGUGUGUCUUUGCUUAGUUACUGUCUGGAACUUGUUGCGUAAGUGUGCUUCGUUGUUAAAUGUUAAUGAUAACUUGUAUGCGAUAUAUAUAUAACAUUCUUUUUUAAAAUAUUAUUACACUAAAGAUAUUGUAAGAAACUUUGUGCUUUAUAAGAAUUCUGACUCUGUCUUGACAUUUUUGUUAUCCAGCAGUGUAAUUUUAACCACAUCAGCACAUUUCUAAGCUCACAUUUGUAUUGAGAUUUGUUGUGCAAAAUGUCUUAUACAGUAAGACAAAAGAGGUUUGUGUUUAAUGUUAAGCACACAAACUUUGUUGACAUCUCUGAUUGGCUGCUUCUAGAAACAGCUUUAAUAUCUUAUAGUUAUGGUGACCUUGCUUGUGUGAGAACUACAGUGUUUGUUUGCUCUAUGUGUGUAUUUAUAAAAGCUAUUGAGAAUGUGCAUCCUGUUUUUAAUACUAAUUGUGCCUCAAAAAUAUACUUAAAUGACACUUGUAUUUCAGCAGUCUCAUCAUGUCGUUCAGAAAGCUUUACAUGCCACAGAAAAGUCUUGAUUUUUUAUUAAUCAUUAACCUAAAGAUGAAUUUGAUUCUAGAAGAGAUGCUUGAGAGAACAUACAGUGCCCUCCACAAUUAUUGGCACCCCUGUUUAAUAUGUGGUCGUGGACUUAAACAACACAGAA